AUGAAUGGCCAUUCCGGAGCCAUGUCGCCUGUCUCCGUUGAUGGCAGCGACUGGUCCGGCCUCAACCAGUAUCAAAAGUCGGACCCGCCCUUCUCGCCGACAGUUUCCUCACGAGGCAAUCUAGCCACGCCUCCAACCUCCGGCGGUCCCAGCGCUCCUUUGAGUCCCAGCAGCAUUGGACCUCCCGGCAGCGGCAAUCCUUCACCACCCAGUUCGGUAGCCGCACGAUCCAGCGUCGGUACACUCGGCGGCGAUGGCCAGCGCGAUGGUGGCCGACGAGGCCGACAGAUGGAGGAGAUUCUGCACCAACACUAUGUGACUUUGAGACGGUUUCUCGAUGCCUCGAUGCGCGAGGACCGGUUGAACGGCCGAUCGAACAAAGCCCGUGACAAGCUUCUCCGACUUUCCGCUACCCAGUUCCAUGAAUUGAGUACCGACGUCUACGAUGAAUUGGUUCGUCGCCAGCAGGCUAUGCCUCCGCCAGGUCGACCUCCCCGUCCCGACGUGCCUUCCUUCCUUCCUCCCCGCAAAGACUUUCACGAGAAGCGCAACCACGCCCGGCAGAAGCUCGCCUCCCUUCAACAUCUACGUUUCCGAGACCUAGCGACCGACGUGUUUUGCGAGUUGGAGCGUCGGUUCCCGCACUUUACUGGCCGCGGGCGGCCACCCCCUCCUGGUGCCAGAAGGUCCCAGUCGCGGGGUCCUCCUCAGAUGGGCCGGGGCUAUCCUUCUGGUGGUCCUCCUGGCAGCCCAUUCCCGCCGCGACAGGGUUCUCUCGGGGGUCCACCAGCAGGGAUGAAUGGAGAUGGGCCGUUCCCGCGAGCUUUCCAGAGUAACACCAUGGUCCCUAAUAAGAGUACGAUGGUGGAGGAUAGUGAUGAUAUGGGAGGGGACGACGACGAUGACGCUCGAAGUGAUGCUUUUGCUCUGGAUGCUGUCCUGAGCAGACGGGGUACUACGACGACCCUCGGGGACAGUGAGCGAAGACUGCUACUGGAGAGCCAGUCGCAAGUCUCGGCACUGCAAGACAAGGUUGAAAAAUUGGAGGAACAGCUUCGCGCGAAGGACGAGGAGAUUGCUCGAUCGUCAGACGCAGACCAAUCUGCGAUCAGCCACAGCGAACGUCAGGAAUGGGAAGAUUUGCGACAGGAUCUGGAAAGCAAGGUUUCCAAGGCAGAGGAUUUGAACAGCUCGCUCCAGCUGGAGCUUGAUAGGGUACGGGCGGACCACGACAACAUGGAACGCGAGCUUCGCAAUCAGCUUGAAGAAGCUAGUCAGAGUGCAACAGAUUCUGCCCUGGAAGCUCGCUAUUCUGAAUUGGAGACCAAGCAUCAGAGCCUGCAAGUGGAGCUGCUGCAGCAGCAGCAAGUCACUGCAGAGGUCCGUCGCGAGGCCUCUGCGUUCCUCAUGGAGAUGAAGACCCUCACUGCCCAGAGCCAUUCGAAUUGGGAGCGUGAAGAGCAGUUGUCCACGGAUGUUCAUAGGCUCGAAUCUGAGCUGAACGAGUGGAAGAACCGUUAUGCCAAGGCGAAAUCCCAGUUGCGUCAGCUUCGCACAUCGUCUGGCGGCUUUGCUGAUCAUCGACCUGAUGCUAGGAACAUCAUGGCGCAGGAGCACGAACUUGUGCAGCCUGAUGGCGUGGUCAAGGACAUCCAUGUUACCAAGUUCCAGAUGUCGAUUGACGAGUUGCUCCGCAUCGCUCGCUUCGAGGAUCCCCAGCAGGUGUCACACCAAGUCAAGUCUGUAAUUGUGGCUGUUCGUCAUAUGAUUCAAGAUGUGGACCUCGCUCCCCCUCCGAUUGAUGGCACGGCUACUCUUCGCAUCAAGGCCAAGGGUCGCGUGGCUGCCACUGCCAACAACAUGAUUACUGCCGCUCGUAACUUUGCUACCUCCAGCGGUUUGUCGCCAGUUUCUCUGUUGGAUGCAGCUGCCUCGCAUCUUUGUACUGCUGUCGUUGAAUUGAUUCGCGCUGUUAAGAUCCAGGCAUCACCUGCUGAUGGACUGGAGGAGGAUGACGAGGAUCUCUCGCAGGAGAAGUUCCCGGACUACUUCAGCACCACGGCUAGCCAGAGGCGGCAGAGCAACAAUUCCGAGUAUAGCGUUUUGAGUCCUCCUGAUCAGUCACACCCUGCGAUGCAGAGUGGCCUGACGAAUGGCAAUGGAUAUAACUACGGGGCUCCUCAAGGGGACCACGAGCUCCAGGAGCUAAAGUUAUACGUUGAGGACCAGACUGAUAGCAUGGUCCAAUCCAUCCAGGCUCUGGUAGCUAGCAUCCGCGCCGAGCACGGCAUGGACACGGUCCAGACAUACGUUUCUGCCAUCGGAGACAUCGUCGCAAACGUGGUCUCUUCCACAGAGAACAUGAUCCACGACCGUAGCGGCGAUGCUGCCUUGCGCGAGGCAUCCGAGCAAGUGAUCCAUAACCUGGAUCAAUGCCGCGACCGCUUGAUGCGUAUCGCCGCCGAGGGACAUGAUGUAACCAGCCCCGAGCACCUACGCGAGAUCACCAACCAGCUACCACCUAUUGCCUUCGAAACAGCCCGUCAUGCCCAGGACCUCGUCCAGCGUCUGGAAUUGUUAGCACAAGGAGACCACGAUGACGACUUCCGGUGA